UGCCACACAAGUUGAGUGAUCUGAUUGUGCAAGCCGCAGAACUUGGCUUGUAAGAAAGUUUCAGAGUGUUCUUCAGUCUUCAUGCAUCCCUCUCAUUCGUCCGCUCCCAUUCUCGCCGAUGACUUCGAAACGGGAAAUUUCACCACCCAACUGCAAAGAGUCGAUUCGGCCGUAAAUUUUUCACCUCCGAAACCGCUUUUGAUUGCAACGCCUCUUGAAGCGGGAAAUUUCCCCCUGUUCUUGUACCUCCAUGGCUACCUUCUUUACAACUCCUUUUACUCCCAGCUUAUCCUCCACAUCGCUUCUCAUGGCUUCAUUGUCGUCGCUCCUCAGUUAUACACAGUGGCUGGACCAGACAUAAGCAAUGAGAUUGGCUCUACAGCUGCAAUAACAAAUUGGCUAGCUGAAGGGCUGUCAAAAUUUCUUCCUCCAAAUGUAAAACCAAAUUGCAGCAAGUUAGCACUUGGAGGCCAUAGUCGUGGAGGCAAAACAGCCUUUGCUGUUGCUCUUAAGAAACUAAACACCACCACAAAUCUCAAGUUCUCAGCCUUGAUAGGCAUAGACCCAGUUGAUGGAAUGGACAGAGGAAAACAAACCCCACCUCCAGUUCUCACUUACAAACCUCAUUCUUUUGAUUUUGAUAUGGCUUCCUUGGUAAUUGGAUCAGGCUUAGGUGAGCUCAAGAAAAACCCUUUGUUCCCUCCUUGUGCACCCAAAGGUGUGAACCAUGAGGACUUCUUCGACGAAUGUCCCAAACCUUCUUGGCACUUUGUUGCAAGGAACUAUGGUCAUCUUGACAUGCUCGACGACGAAACAAAGGGAAUUAUAGGCAAAGCUUCAUAUUGUCUUUGUAAGAAUGAAGAGUCCAGGAAACCUAUGAGAAGGUUCGUUGGAGGGGCUAUUGUUGCAUUCUUGAAAGCUUACCUUCUAGCUGAUGAUCGAGACUUGAUUGCUAUACGCGACAGGCCCCAGAAUGUGCCGUUGGAUCUCAAAACUAUCGAAUGUUACGUUUAAUAUAAAGGAUUUACUUUAUCGUAACAUUUAUAAUAAAUAAACAGCAGAGUUUAUGUAAGAACUUUAUGCGUGA